AUGUUUUCUCUCCUCUGUGAGAGCUUUCUCUCCGCCGUGAGAGCCCUCCUCUGUGAGCGUAUUUCUCUUCUUGGUCAAGCUCUUGGGCUUGGAUCUACUGGGUGGAGGGCAACUGAGUCUCUGGAAGCAGGAAGGCUGGGCGAGUGGGGCAGCGGUGUUUACAGAGUGAUGGCGACUAGUGGGGUGGAUGAACUGGUGGUUCAACUGAACCAAACACUGGAGUUAUCAACUAUGGAGCAGGGAGUUAAAUUGGUUGGGAAAGUCUUUACGCAGAAACCAGUGAACAAAUGGGGAGUCAGGAAUAUUCUUAGAGCGGCUUGGAAAGAGUUGGGUGAGGUGGAAAUAAAAUGGGUAAGGGAGAAUGUCUUUAUUAUUUCGGUCAAAGAUGAAAAUGUGGCUUCAAAGAUCAUUGAGCAGGUCCCCUGGGCAGUGAUGAAGAAGGUGUUCUCGAUCGUGAAAUGGCCUCCGGAGCUCGCAUUAGAGGAGCUGGAGUUGAAUGCUGUUCCAUUUUGGACUCAAAUAAGGGGAAUUCCACUGGGCUUAGCCUCUGUUGAGAACGUUCAGCGUGUAAUCAAAGAGGCUGGGGAAUUUAUAGCCAUGGAGGAUCCCGGACACGCUCGUGGAUUUGUACGAGUAAGAAUCUUAGUUGAUACGGAGAAGCCAUUAUUUAAGGGAUGCUGGAUUCGAAGGGAGUCAAAUAAGGAAACCUGGGUGAAAUUUCGGUAUGAACGGCUUCAAGAUUUCUGCUACAAGUGUGGACGGAUUGGGCAUAUAAAUACAGAAUGCUCCGCUGAGAUGUCUGGAGAAGGGGAGGUGGCGUAUGGCGAGUGGAUUAAGGCGCCGCCGAUAAGAGAGGUGGUGAUACCAACGAGAGUGGAGUGUGUGGGCAGGGGGGAACGCCGGCAGGCCAGGGCGGUGCGCGGACCGGGCUUCACGUCUGCACAGAAUCAAGGUAGAUUACGGAUGUCAAACUUACAAAGAAUGGAGCGUAAUCAAACCAUUGAGAUUGGGGGAGCAUCUAAGAGUCGUGGCACAGGGGGCAAUGACACUCUGUCCGCCCAGGGUGAUGACCCACUCUGGGGCAGCAAAAGAAGUGGGGAAGCACAAGAUUUGGUGCUAACUCAAGCUCCACAGAAGAAACUCAAGGGCCCGGUUACGGAGGAGAACUUCCAAGGUAGGGCGGCAGAGAUAGGAAGGAGGUUAAACAGCAAGGAUGGAGGGCUAACGAUGGAAAGCGCGAACCGUACGGCGGAGGAGAAUAAGGAAGAAAUAAGUGAGAAUACUGGAAGACGGGAUGUAAUGGAAGGGGGGUCGGACUUUGAUAAAGGUAGGAUGGUGACACGGAAGGCGGGCAAGUGGGCUCGGGGCGGUGGCGGCUGGCCUUCAACAGCCGCAGGCCAGCCAUGA